AUGGCUACCCUGCGCGGCCUCCAGCAACCCGAGCUGAGCAAGAGACUGUUCAAAAUCAUCAAGAAUGAAAACCUCGUCAUCGGCUCUUACGAGACUGCCGGUCGAGAGCGUGUCUCCAUCGCGUCGCAGCUGUCCGAAUGGGGCGAGAGCACCGGCGAUGAGGCGAUUUCCGACAUCACGGACAAACUCGGCGUGCUGCUGGCCGAGAUUGGUGAGCAGGAGGACAUCUUUGCGCAGAACCUGGAGGAUUACCGCGGCGUGCUCAAGCAGAUCCGGAACACGGAGAGCUCCGUGCAGCCGUCGCGCGACCAGCGGAUGAGAGUCGCCGACGAGAUCCAGAAACUGAAGCACAAAGAUCCUACGAGCACGAAGCUGGUCACGCUGGAGCAGGAGCUCGUGAGAGCGGAGGCGCAGAACCUCGUCGCAGAGGCACAGUUGAGCAAUGUCACGCGGCAAAAGCUCAAAGAAGCAUUCGACCUGCAUUUGGCGGCCACCAUUGAGCGGGCGGAGAAGCAGGCCAUCCUUGCUAGGCAUGCGCGCCGUCUCCUGCGUCUCCUCGAUGACACUCCCGUGGUCCCCGGCGAUCAGCAGCGGCCGUACGAAGGUGCAGACCAAGCCCGCCAAAUCUUGGAUGACGCUGAGAGCGAUCUUCGUGCUUGGGAAUCUGCCGUUAACGGCGCUCCAACGACGGCGGCAGAGAGGGGACCCAACCUGACGCCAAAGUCGGGCAACGGGCCACUCGAAACGGCGGACCAGAAUGUCACGAUACCUGCAUCAGAGGAUGCAACGGCAGGCGAAAGCGAAGCGACUCCAUCGAGUGAGCUGAGAGAGGAUACACGACGGAUCCAUUUGACUGACGAUGGAGAGACCGAAGCGAAGCCCCAGGAAUCCAGUGGGUGUGACUCGCCAGGAGAACAAACAUGA